UCUAGUGUGAGUGAGCGAUCUGGCUAUGGCCCUUCAACUUCUCUGUUUAGUAACUCUAGCAGGAUUUAUCAUCGGAGUGAGUGCGGAGACUUGCGACGGUGAAGGAUCGCUGCGACUGGUCGGUUGGUUGGAAGCCGACGCAGGUAGACUAGAAGUAUGCCACAAUCGGGAGUGGGGCACCAUUUGCGUGAACCAAUCCCUUGACUUGUGGCCACACAAGAACGCUGAGGUUGCCUGCAGAGACAUUGGCUACGCCGGAGCUCUAAACUCGCUCUUCCAUCACACGAUUCCAAGCGAUAAGCGAGUAAGGGAGGACAGCGAUGUGCCGAUACAUUUCAGCCAAGUGAGGUGUUCAGGAGAGCAGAGAUCAUUGUUGGACUGCCCACUCUCAGAGAUCACAGAGCAAUGUACUCAUAACCAGAAUGCAGCCAUUGUAUGUAGAAGAGGACGGGCCUCUGGUGAUGUUCGUCUGGUGGGUGACCAGCGAGAUACAGUGGGAGCAGUGGAGCUCUACCACCCCAUGACCGGGUGGACUGGGAUCUGUGCCGAUGCCAACUACAUCCACAUGUGGAGAGACAACCGGCGCGCUGCUGAGACUGUGUGUGCACAACUUGGCUACUUGGGAGGAACUCCUUACGUCCAGAGUCUGCAGAGAUCUGCUAUUAGCGAUCGGAAGGUGGUGGUUGGAAGCUGUGCCAGUGGGGCCAUCUUCGACCUCACAGACUGCGACAUAUCGACUAUAGAGGACUGCCGUGGUGAUGAUCUGGCCUGGGUUCAGUGCUCAACGACUGGGAGAAAUGGUGGUGCUAGUAAAGUUGGAUCAGAGCGAGAGGGAGUGAUGCAGGUCCAGUACAGUGGUAGGAGGGGCUUCAUCUGUGACAAUGACUGGGAUAACAUAGAUGCUCAAGUGGCGUGUUCGGAGUUUGAUCAAUACAAUCGUAAUGCCGACACCACCCCAAAAAGAGACUAUACGGAGUUUGUCAGUGACUUGAAGCCCAUCUGGUUGGGAGGUAUUGAGUGUACUGACAAAAUUGUGGGCGAAUCAAGCAGAAGAGAUAUUGUGGAGAGUAAGAUAAAGGAGUGUGAUUAUUCUGAGCAGUAUCCCAUUGGACUCACAGAGUGUAACUUUGUGUCAGAGACAGUGAGAGAGCACAGGCUUGCUCAAAUUGACUGUGGAGACGCAGGACUCAGUUCUUCGGCAGUGGCGCUUAUAGCAGGGGUUUGUGUGGGGAUCAUACUCCUGUGUUGCUGCUGUGUCUGCACCGUCUGUUUCUGCUGUGAUGAGCAUUCAAAAAGAAUCGCUGGAAGCAAGACGGUGUGUGAGAGAAUGAUAGGCAGAGACUGCUGUAGAGUGCCCGGCCGUGUCUCCCACUGUGUCCACACCGUUCACACAAAACUGAGAGCUCCGAAAAGAACGGAGGUGGCAGCCAACGACAGACCGGCCACACUCACAACUACCAAUGUCCCACAAUAUACUGCUACUGCUACAUCUGACCAAGAGAUGACAGCAGUAAUGAGCAGUGAAGACCGCAAUAAAGAGCCAAGUGAGAGGUCCAGUGUCUACUUCACACCGAGAGAAGAACAGCAGACAGAAUUGACUAGCGAUACUCCACCUUCUUAUGCCCAGUCGUCACACUAUCCCACCCCUUCACUCUCUAAGAUCCAGACUACUGUCUAGCCCCCUCAUAAUAAAUUUAACAUUGAUGCAAAGUAUUAAUGUGUCAAGUGACAAUUUUAAUGGCACUGUAUAUACAGGUAUAGGAGAAUCACAGUGUGAAUACAUGGCGAGUGCACAUCAAACAAUUCCACUAGGACAACACUUUUCUCGAUGAGGCUCAAUCCCACUACACUCUGCUCUCAAUGAAAAGGAGCUGCCUUAGCUGGGACUCUUACAAGAACAGAGAACUCUACCACUGAGCUACCAUGACAGCAGCUC